GUUCCACUUCCGCGGGCCGGCCGGCGACCUUACGACGGCCUUCAGCGAGGGCGAGAGUGCCGGCACGGGUCUCAGUCGUACAACAGCAGCCGAAGGGGGCGGACGUGCCAGCGCAGCUCCCGAUCGGUUCGGGGCAUUCGGAGAGGAUGGCGUCAGUUCAUAUCACGGUGCUGCUGACAGCAGCGUUGGCCGCCUUGGCGGUGACAGCUGCCCCUCAGGAUGGUCUGCCCACACCUCCAAUCAUCAUGUUUGGAGGAUUCCGGCCGAUAUCAUCAUCGAACAGCGGCCCAUCGCCCGGAGUCAACCGGCAACUGCAGGUCAACUCUGGUCGUGGCCGGCCGGUGCCUCGCCCCGUCAACAUUCCUCUGCGGCCGGCCGGAAUCGUCCUGCCGCAGCGGCCUGGCAGGCUGCUCUUCAACAACAACAAUAACAAUAACAACGGUGGAGGUCAGCGCCCGCAGACGUUUGUGCAGAGUCCGCCGCGGCGGCCGCCCGCGGGUCGUCCGGUGAUCGCGGCGCCGGUCCGCCCCGCGCCGCCUCAGGUGGUCCAAGUCCAGCAGCAGCAGCAGAGGCCUCCUCAGCCCCCUCAGCAGCGACCUCCUCAGCCUCGGCCCCAGCAGCAGCAGAGGCCCCCUCAGCCCCCUCAGCAGCGACCUCUUCAGCGUCCCCAACAGCAGCGGCCUCAGCCGCAGUCCCAGAGACCUCCCCAGCCCCAGCCCCAGAGGCCUCCCCAGCCUCGGCCUCAGCAGCAUCGACCCCAGCCCCAGACCCAGCGACCUCCUCAGACCCAGCCCCAGCGACCUCCCCAGCCCCAGCCCCAGCGACCUCCUCAGCCCCAGCCCCAGCCCCAGCGACUUCCUCAACCCCAGCCGAAGCCCCAGCCGCAGCCCCAGCGACCUCCUCAGCCCCAGCCGAAGCCCCAGCCCCAGCCCCAACCGCAGAGGUUGCCGCAGAACAAGGGGAACGUUCACGCCGGCGUGCUGCCGCUGCAGAAUGAGGUGGCUGCCGACUCACUGCCGCUCUUCCCGCCACUGGGUAAUGCUGGCCGCUAACAGCCGCGAUUGCAGCGCCAUCUGCAUGCAUACAUCGACAGCAGCGCCUCUGGCGGGACGCUGGUGACACUGGUGGUUGACGUGACAUGAGAAGUUACAUCAACACUCAACAGGCAGCGGGCGUGAAGGGAAGACUGCGAGCUACCUACCCAUGCAAUGUUGCUGAUGUGGACUGAGCUGAAAAAUAAGAAUGAUGCACCGUCCUCGCUUACCGAAAAUAGCAACCAAGACCAGUGAUCAGUAAGGGUAGGGGAAGCCGGGGGAAGCCCGGGCGCGGGGGAAGCCCGGCCACCCCGUUUCCGGCUAAAUUAUUCACAAUAAAAUGCUCAACUGUUUGUCCUUUCAGCGUGGCAGCUAAGGUAACGCCAGCAAAAAAGUUCAGGCUGACAAAAAUUGCAUAUUGUUAAAGUUAUAGCGCAAAAAUGAUAUUUUAAGGGUUUUUAGCUAAAAAGUGAGAUAUGUUGCACUGUUAAUGUUAUACCAUACAGUACUAAUAUUUAUACGAAUGUUAUGUAAGGACCGUUUAAGUAUUUGUAGUGAGGGGUGACGAGGCAGGCUGGCUUAAGUAUGACAUUUUUUUUUCGAAUAUCGCUGUUCUAAAAUAAAAAUUAGCACAUUGGGGUAACCCCGGGCGAGUGGCCAAGCUUACCCCCAACCGAGAGCAAUGCCACUAAACCACUGUUUUCCAUGAGAUAAUAGGUACUGAGCAGGUUUGGUUUACACCUAGAUCAAAGAUAAAUUUCGAAAAUAAACAUGCUAUCAUUGACAAAGCCAGUCAUGUCACUUAAGGUCAACUAGGGUCAAACUACGUUUUUGCAGAUAACGCGACAGAUAAUGAAGCUAGAGCUUCAAAAAUGGUGUCGUUGUGUUCUUCGUCAUCAGCCGAGUCGAAUGAUAUGCAAUAUGAUGCAUUAAGGUAAAAAUAAAAAUAAAUUUUAAGGAAUUUUGAAAUACACCUUUUGUGUCAAUUUUGCAUCACGAUUUUCAUCGACCUGUACUGUAUAUGUAGUAGACGCUAGCUAAAAUACCAGUAGUGACAUAAUCUCUAAGAUGUCCAGAGCUAAUCAGUACCUUAAUAUUUCACUUUCCGUUAAUAUUUGGAAAACACAUAAUGGUUUCAUCAACUCGUUGUAAAGCGCUGGGGAGGUGGCCGGCGUUACCCCUAUGCCGGGCUUACCCCAGAAAAAUCAACACUUUUUUAAAACUCGAUUUUCUCAACCUUAUACUUAUUCCACGAAGCCGAAUUUUUGGGAAAACACGGCCAAUGAACUUAGCUAGCUAGCAGGAUAUCAACAUUUUAUACAGCACGUAUGGUAUGUAAAAAAAAUGAAAAAGAGCUUACUAUGCCGGGCUUCCCCCGGCUUCCCCCUAUGCUAGCAUAGCAUAGUGCCGCGAAGUGAUUAUGGACCAAUUCUUCCUCACUGGGGUCCACAGCGACCAUUAGUGGGGAGGCUUCAACAUCCAUGCAACUCGAAUGGACACAAUCGUGAUGUUACCAGCGGCCAGCUCAGAGCACUUGUCCCCGUCUGUUGGAAACAGAGGUAGUGGUCACGAAGUGCAGUGAGGAGUGAACAUUGUCGCCCAAGGAGCUGAUAUUGGAAACCGUCAGUUUCCGGAAUCACGUAACGUGCUAAGAGUGAAUUGCGAAUGGAUACAAUAGUAUGAUUGUGCUGUAUUUUAAAGUGAUGACUAAGAGUAGGGGAAUCGACAGCUACAUAGGUGUUUAUGUGAUUUUGAUACAUUUCAACCCUGGUGUCAUCGAAGACCCUUGAAGACAUCGGUUCGUUCGCGAACUAUAUAUCAAUAUAUAUCAUUAUUUAUAGCCCUUCGAAACUACUGAAAAACAAUGUGUGAUGUAAAAUAUCGCAAACAAUUGAGUUUGUGUUCCAUCGGCUGACAUUGCUACGCAAAAACACUGUUAUUUCCAAGGGAUAGUUAUUGACAGAUUUGUCAUCACCGUUCAUUGCAAUUAAUUGCACCGGUCAGUGAUUGCGAGCAUCGAGUGACUAUAUUUAUGCUUAUAAAUGUGUGUGUCUGUGUGUUCUGUAUGCUGUGUUUGUUGUCAAAUAGAUGUUUUGACAAGUC